AAAUAAUGAAUAUUAGGAUAAAACUUUAUUGCUUAUUUGUUGUAUUAUAAUAAGCAGCUUAUUAAAUAUCAUAUAAUUAUAUAAAUGAACAUAAUAUUUUUAAUUACCUACAAGUAGAUUGUACAAUGUACACUUAAAAUGAUAAGACGCAAGAUUCUUAAUUUCUGUUUUAAAGUUGAUAGACUUUUAGGCAAAAUGAGCGCUUCCAAUUUAAAACCUUUUACUGUUCUUGUGGAGGGUAAUAUUGGAAGCGGGAAAACAACAUUUUUGGAGCAUUUUCAACAAUUUGAAGAUAUAACGCUACUCACUGAACCUGUUGAAGAAUGGCGCAAUCUAAAAGGGUGGAAUUUGUUGGACUUGAUGUAUAAAGAUCCUGCAAAGUGGGCAAUGACCUUCCAGUCGUAUGUUACUAUGACUAUGCUGGACAUGCAUCGUCGUCCUACUUCUACCCCAGUGAAACUAAUGGAGAGAUCAUUAUAUAGUGCUAGAUAUUGUUUUGUAGAACAUAUGAUGAGGAAUGGUACUCUUCAUCCUGCUCAGUUUGCUGUGCUUGACGAGUGGUUCAGAUUUAUUCAUCGGGAGAUACCUAUUGAUGUAGAUCUUAUUGUUUACCUUAAGACAACACCACAAGUAGUUCAUGACAGAAUAAAGAAACGGGCCAGAUCUGAAGAACAGUGUGUGCCAUUAUCCUAUAUAGAGGAAUUACAUAAAUUACACGAAGACUGGCUUGUAAAUAGAACAUUUGCUGAGUGUCCAGCACCAGUUCUGAUGAUUGAUGCAGAUUUGGACUUGUCACAAAUAACUGAAGAGUAUAAAAAAAGUGAACACCAAAUAUUGAAACGAGCAGUUGAUGUUGUCAUGCAGUCACCAAAUAAGCUAAGCCCAAAGAAACCUAUUACAAGUUCUGCAAUUAAGAUAGUACCUCAAAUAAGACUUUAACAUAAGUAAAUUUUAUUUUUAUUGGAAUUAUUUAUUCAAAAAUCAUUUUCCAGUUUAUCAUGAGGCAAUGGGUAAUUUUUGACAAUGUCUGAUGUAUGAAUUUAACACAACUGUAUCAAUUGGCCUUCACUAUCUUUGGCUGGUUUUAUCCAGACAUACUAAAGGACUACCAUUUGACAUGCAUGAUAAUGUUUUCACAUAUUCCAACUCUUAUUUGAUAAAAUACUGUUUAAAUAAACAAAGUAAUGUUUUCAUAUUUCCAAAGCUAUAAGUGAAAUUUGAUCAUAUUCUUUGAUGGAAUAAUAUAAAUUUUAUUAACAACUGUACUGCUUAAAUUAUAGAAAUUAAUUCAAAUUUUCUUAAUAUAUCCAUAGUUUGCUGUGAGAUAUGAUUCUGGUAUACAUUAUUACAUAAUUUUAUUAUUUAGAUUUUUUUUAAUUAAAAUUGUAAUGUUUUUGCAAUUGCAAAAAAAUAAGCAUUUUAUAAAUUAAUGUCAAUGUAUAUGUAUGUAACUGAAUAAAAUUAGCCUGUGAAUUUUAUUUCUAUUAUUAAUUAUUCUUACAAGAAUCAAUGCAGAAUGCAUAUGUUUCUUUUUUCACUAGAUGCAAAACAAUAAUAAAGUUAAAUGUUACAGAAGAGAAUGUUUCAUGCAAAAAUUGUACACUUUAAUGAAUAUAGAUUUAUUCAGCUGGGCUAAGAAUAAUUUUAAAGUAAAUAACUUAUUGAUGGUGAAUGUUAUAAUUGAUUCAGUUCUGUAUCAUUAAACAUUAAUAUAUUUUAUGAAUCAACAAAUUAUGAUUAUUAAUAUAUGUAUAUCAAUGAACAUAAUUUGUUGUAUAUACUUAGUAAAAGUUAUGGUAAUAAUAAAUUUUAAAUCUUAUUUGACACUAAAAUACUGACUGUUUCCUAAUGACUCCAAUAUAAUGCUAGAUUUUAUUGUUAAUUUUAAAAUAACAUAUUAAAUAUGUAGUAUAAGCCUUUAAAAUCAUCACAGAAAUUUUGACUAUGUAAACAUUAAAAAUAUAUAUUAAUAGUGAUGGUUAGUAUUAUAUUUUAUUCAUGAAUCUGAUCAUGAUGAAUCAAGUAUAUUCCUAAUUAUAAAGCAUUUAAUAAUUAAGUAUUGUUUGAAAUAUUCACAAUGCCAUUGCAAUGGGCCAAAUUUUUUUU